AUGGCCACCCAUAGGUCUCCAACCGUCAACCCCCAGGCAUUGGGCAAUUUCUUUGACGAUAUCGCCCGUGUGCUCGGAGAAGACAACAUUUCCCGCACCCCUAGUCAUGGCGCACUCGAGGGUGCUCAAGGCCGGAAGACUUACGGCGAUCCAUUUUCAACCGCAGGAACUCACGAACCAAGCGGUGCCGUUCGACCCAGUACGGUAGAAGAGGUCCAGGAGGCCAUGAAGCUUGCAAAUAAGCACAAGGUGUCUUUGUGGACAGUGUCGCGGGGGAAGAACCUGGGAUAUGGUGGAUCCAGCUCUGUCGUCAAAGGAUGCGUUAUCCUAGAUCUGCACCGAAUGAACAAGAUCGUCGAGGUAAACGAAGAGUAUGGAUACGCGAUAGUCGAGCCGGGUGUGUCCUUCUUCGACCUUUACGAGGAAAUCCAACGGCGGGGCCUGAACCUCUGGCCAUCGGUGCCGGCCAUUGGAUGGGGUUCUGUUUUGGGAAAUACCAUGGACCGAGGCUUUGGAUAUACGCCCAAUGGAGAGCAUUCGCAGUCACAGUGCGGCAUGGAAGUUGUGCUGCCAAAUGGUGAAUUGCUUCGGACGGGCAUGGGAGCGAUGAAGGAUAACAAAACAUUCGCGCUAUACAAGGGAGGCUUUGGCCCAACCCUUGACGGUCUGUUCUACCAAUCCAACCUCGGUGUCGUCACCAAGAUUGGCAUGCAUAUCACUCCCGCCCCCGAGGCGUACGCCACUCUCGAAGUCAGCGUUCCCAAGGAAGCAGACCUUGUCCCUCUCAUCGGGACUUUGUCAGACCUGAUGCGCCGCUCCAUCAUUCUCAACUCACCCUCCAUCGCGAACAUAUUCCGCAUCGCACUUACAUCCAAAGUGCCCGAGGUUCACGCCAAACUGGCUCAGUACAUGAAGCCCAACUCAUACGUACCUUAUGACGUACUCGAGGAAAUCCGCGCGGAACAUAACUGGGGAUUCUGGAAAGCCUACUUCUCGCUAUACGGCUCGGUCGAAAUGCUCCCAGCGUUAAUUCAAACAGUACAACGCGCGUUCUCCGUAAUCUCAGGUGUGAAGAUUGAAUGGCGCGAAUUCCCCGGAUCCCUAGGCCGCUCUAUCACCGCAGCAGAGAUUAAAGAAGAAGAGAUUCCGCACAGUGGUAUCCCAACGCUCGCCCCGCUGGGCAUCGUCGACAGCCGAUCCGAGAGGGGCGGUGCACACGUCGACUUCUCGCCCAUCAUCCCUCCAUCCGGACGUGAGUUGUACGAGUGGUACCUGACAGCGAAGCAACGCACCAUUGACGCAACGUUCGACUUCUUCGCCGACUUCCAUGUCUACCCGCGCUACGUGAUUGGCAUCGAGCUGAUCAUCUACACGCUCAGAGAGGAGGCACGCGUCCUAGAAUUGUGCAGGAACUUGCUGCAUGAUGGUGCGGAGCAGGGAUAUAUGGAGUACCGCACGCAUGUGCGCUACAUGGACCAGAUUGCAGCCAAACUGGACUUCAACGACUUUGCGUUCAAUAAGUUUACGGGACGAUUAAAGGAUGUGCUGGACCCCAAUGGGGUGCUUUCUCCCGGAAAGUCGGGCAUUUGGAAUGAAGGGAUUUCGCUGUUGAAGCCGAGUGCAAGGAGUUGA